AUGGCGUCCUCCUUCGCCCCCGGGUUCCGGAGGUUACUCCUGCAGGCCUCGGCAGCCUCAGGACCUUCAAAGUUCUUCGUGUGCAACCAAUGUCUUCGAAGUGCUCCUCGGAGCAUGUCCUCGCGCGUUCUCAACGCUGUCCGCUCACGAUCUUACGCCGAUGCCGCUGUUAACAAGUCAAUUGGAACAAUCGCGCAGCAAACUGCUGUCCCUCUAGCUCCGUCCGUCGCUCAGGCGGCCAAGAAGGCAUGGCCUGAGUCCAAUCCCAAGGGCGUCGGCUACUGGCUUCUUGGUAGCGCUGUUAGUGUUUUUGGUAUUGUCGUCUUUGGUGGCCUGACACGUUUGACCGAGUCUGGCCUGAGUAUCACUGAAUGGAAACCCGUUACCGGUUCGCUUCCCCCCAUGUCCAAGGAGGACUGGGAGUCCGAAUUCGAAAAGUACCGUGCCUCGCCCGAGUUUAAGCUUCUCAACCCUCACAUGAACCUCGAAGAAUUCAAGAAGAUCUACUUUAUGGAAUGGUUUCACCGAGUCUGGGGUCGCUUCAUUGGCAUGACUUUUGUCAUCCCUACUGUUUACCUCGUCGCUCGUCGCAAAGUUACACCCAAGAUGGCCUUGAACCUGUUUGGAAUUUCGGCAUUGAUCGGUUUCCAGGGAGCUAUCGGCUGGUGGAUGGUCAAGUCUGGUCUCAAAGAUGAUCUGUUUGCUCCCGGUUCUCACCCUCGAGUUUCUCAGUACCGUCUCACCACUCACCUUGGUACCGCCUUUAUCUGCUACUCCUGGAUGCUUCUCUCUGGUCUCACUGUUUUGCGAACUCGCCGCUGGCUUAUGAACCCCGAAGCUGCUAUAAAGCAGAUUGGCGCCAUGAGCCAGCCUGGUCUUCGCACACUACGCCGUGCUGCCUUUGCUCUCGCCACUCUGACCUUCAUUACUGCCAUGUCCGGCGGCCUUGUCGCAGGCCUCGAUGCUGGUUUGAUCUACAACGAGUUCCCCAAGAUGGGUCUGGGCCUGUUCCCUCCCAAGCAGGAGCUCUGGGACAAGUUCUACUCGCGCAAGGAGGAUCAGUCUGAUCUUUGGUGGCGCAACAUACUUGAGAACCCCAGCACUGUCCAGAUGAACCACCGAAUCCUCGCUGUGACCACCUUCACCUCUAUUCUUACACUAUUCAUCUACGUCCGCACCAGACGUGUCAAGGCUCUUAUCCCAGCCAACAUCAAGAAGGGUGCCGACGGUCUGUUCCACGUUGUGUCAUUACAGGUUGCCCUGGGCAUCAGCACUCUCAUCUACAUGGUUCCUAUUUCACUCGCCGCAGCCCAUCAGGCCGGUGCGUUGGGUGUGUUGACCAUGGGUAUCGUGCUGGCUCACAGGUUGCAUAUCCCCAAGCCCACUCUUCGUCUGCUUGAGAAGCGAUUGAAGCAGGCUGCUGCUAAAUAG